GCGACAACUGCCCUCCAGUCUUUCGUCCCGGGGCUUUUCGCUUGCAUCACUCUUACCUUGUGACUGAGCCUGAGCAACUGCAAACGACAUCAAUCAGCAAAGUAAAGCAAUCUUCCAUCUCCAUUCUCCCUUCUACACUUUUCAUCUCUCGUACCUAAUCAACAAUUUCCAAAUCGACUUCUCAAUCAAACGGCGACUAUUCCUCCAUUUGCGUGUAUUCGUAUAACACGCACUUCUAUUUCUCCUUUGUUUUAUUUAGACACCUGGUUUGUGUUUUUUCCGGUUAGCUGCCAACAACCGCCCAAACCAGUCCAGUUUCGUCUGCAGGGUCUCCGAACCGUGAGCGCGCCUCGCGAUAUCACCUGUCCGCAGCAUCGUCAUCAUCAUCAAUAAUCCAUCAACCAUCAACCAUCAACCCUCCAUUCCACCCGGCCUAAAUUCGACAAAUUACCCGAUCGAGAGUCAUCCGACCCCAUCCCCAAUCAACAAAAUCCCCAACAUCUCUUUUCCCCUUUCCAUCUCCAGUUUUUUUCAGACGCAGACAUGCCGGGGAAAACGCCUCAUUCAAACGGCAACGAGCCGGUCGAGAAUGGUAUUAGGAACAACCAGGAUGUUGAUAUGACCGACGAGAAGUCUUCAUUGAAGGGCAAGGGCAAGAAGGGCGUCAAGGAGGGAGAGGAUAUGACCGUCGUCGUACCACCUUCAAAGACCACAAAGCAAUCUUCUCAACCACCACCUCCGGAUGCUGAUGGAGAUGUCGCCAUGGACGUAGAUCAGCCAGAAGAUCUCGAGGUGAAGGUCGACCCUAUCACUCAGGCUAUCACAGAUAUCAAGAGUAACUUCGCCCUCCUCGACCGCGCGGUAGCUUUAUUCGAUGCCAGAUUCACAUUAAGGGCUUUAAGAUCCAUCUCUUCUCUCCGAAAACGUCUCACCCCAGAUAUCCUAGCACAGGUCAUCGCAGAGACGUUCUCUCCCACAAGUUCAUCUGCCAACGUCGCUAAGCAGCUUUUGCUAGCGAUUGGAAAGCAAGAUGUUCCUUUGGGUCGCCAGUCGAGUGCCGAGAUGGAGAUUGACAGUGAGCCGAAAGCCGCAGCUAAGAACGGCGCUAAGAAGGAGAUCAAAGAGGUCAUUCCCGAGAUCGACAUCUUCCUGAGCAUCCUCGUUCAGGUUUAUCUGUUCGACUCUAAGCAGUUCCAGCUAGGUUCUGACUUUUCCAAGUAUCUCUCAGAGCGCAUUCACUCUUUGAAUCGCCGGACUCUAGAUUCCCUCUCUGCCAAGGUCUACUUCUACUAUUCUCUAUUCUGCGAGCAGCUUGCUCCGUUACCUCCGUCUCCCCAGUCUCCGAUCGUUGCGAUCCGACCAACAUUGUUGACUGCUCUUCGGACUGCCGUGCUACGAAAGGAUAUUGACAUACAGGCCUCGGUCAUCGUUCUCCUUCUACGAAGCUAUCUCCUAACCUCCCACAUUUCUCAAGCCGACCUCCUCGUAUCUCACACUCAAUUCCCUGAGAAUGCUGCCAAUAACCAGGUCGCGCGUUUCCUAUACUACCUCGGCAGGAUUCGGGCUAUUCAGCUACGAUACACAGAAGCACACGAACACUUGACAGCUGCCACGCGGAAAGCGCCGGCAAGCUCCUGCGCCCUAGGAUUUGCGCAGACCGCGACGAAGCUUCUUCUCGUCGUGGAGCUGCUUAUGGGUGAUAUUCCCGAGCGCGCCACUUUCCGUGUCCCCAACAUGGAGCAAGCUCUUCAUCCGUACUUCCUGCUCGUGCAGGCCGUGCGAGUGGGUAACCUGGAAGACUUCGAGUUGACAAUUACCGACCAUGCCGACACUUUCCGCCGUGAUGGAACAUACUCACUCAUACUGCGCCUUCGACAGAACGUCAUUAAGACGGGUAUUCGCAUGAUGAGCUUGAGCUAUAGCCGUAUCUCACUACGCGACAUUUGCAUCCGCCUGCAUCUUGGUAGCGAAGAGAGUGCCGAGUACAUUGUCGCAAAAGCGAUCAGGGACGGCGUCAUCGAGGCGACGCUAGAUCGGGAGCGAGGAUUCAUGAAGAGCAAGGAGGUUGGUGACGUAUACGCAACUCGGGAACCUGGAGAGGCGUUCCAUGACCGUAUCAGAGCCUGUCUUGCGCUCCAUGACGAAAGUGUCAAGGCUAUGCGUUUCCCAAUGAACCAGCACCGCCUCGAACUAAAGAACGCCCAAGAAGCUCGCGAGCGAGAGCGCGAAAUGGCUAAGGAGAUACAAGAAGGGGAUUUGGACGAAGACGACCUCGGUGGUGAUUUUGAGGGCAUGUAACAUAAUUCGAACCUGUGUAUUCUGAAAUAGGAGGCGGAGGAUUCAUCGGCGCUGCUUUACGCCCUUACCAAUUCAUAAUAGUGGUACAUGAGGCGAACGGCUGCUUUUACAUCGGUGAUAAGUUGUAGUUUGCGAAGAAGAGAAGUUCAGAGGGUGCACAUGGCGCAGCCAACUCUUAUAAACAAACGUCAUUCGAGGCCUUCAUUGUAAUAGAUAACACGCAGGAAGAAGAGAGUUCUUCCUGCUCUUUUCGGCUGCUACUUCAUUACCUGGCCUUUAGAGGGACGGGAAAGCGUGGUAUUGGUCCUUUUCUCAACAUGUUUUAACACCAAUCCCACCCAUCUAUGCGGCCGGCUGGGAAUCUAAGUCCGUCCUUUUUCUAGAGGCAAUUAACAAUCCACCACUAUUGCUAUUUCUCACUUUGCAUGGCACACGUCGUAUGACAACU